GAGUAGAUCACCAAAACCCAUCUAGUAUCUGGGACAGGCAGGGUUCAGACUGCCUCGGUCGAUUCAUCAGAGUUUGACCUUCUGUAUGCAUAAGGAGAUUCUGCGUGUGGGCGCGGGAGCGAUCUUGCCCGAGCCACACCAAACACGAACGGUUUCGGGAUCGACUUAGCUGAGUUAGCUCCUGUGGCUGCUGCACCUCGUUCACGAUGUCUAUACAACGCCUUAACGCCUUCGCUGCCAACAAUUGAAGGGUGGCACAAAACCUAGUUGAAUACCUUAGCAUGCCAUUAUGACUGGCCGAUACACCCUCUUUCCCCCAAUGAUUUGAAAUCCCGAUUCGUUGCGCAAUGACUAGGCCUAAGUACCUAAGGUAUCCACUUGUUUUCCCUCCUUCGACUGUUUGCUCUCUUCAACGAAUGCCCAUUCCUUGGGUUCGGGAAUAAUGUCGCUCUACGAACCAUCAGUACGAAGCAGCUCGUGGUCGAUUUCACAGCGCUUCUCACGACCGCUUACGACGCUGGAAGGAUGGAGAGAAAUCACCUCAGGAGUGUAUGCGAUGAACUCGGAUGUUCGAAUGAUAGCGAAGGCCGAUAGAUUCGACCCAGAGCAGUACCGCAACAACGGAAGUAAUGGUCAACCAUCAUUGGAACACCAACAAAAUAAUGAAGCAAUCAUUCCUAUCAUCCCAGACAUACCGAAGGCAUACUCAAUUAAAUCAUUCGCGCCAACUGAAGUUCAGCCGCAAACCGCGGCGCCAGUUCCAGUACUAUCACCCGAAUCACCACAUGUGAUUGAAAUUGGACAAAGAAAGACCCAGCCCAAGAGAGUCGAUUACAGCAAGACAUCUCAGCAAAAAUAUCACGUAUUCUCCUUCCGAACGAAAUGGUUGAUCGUCGGCAUCGUCACCGUCAUUGUGACAUCGUACCUUGCUUUCCACGGAAUAGCAGGCAUUCUCUGGAGCCCUUUGGCUGACCACAUUGGACGUCGACCGGUUCUACUGAUCAGUACGGUCCUGUUCAUCUCAGCUAGUAUUCCGCUCAUUACCACGCCUACUUUUCCAGUAUUGAUAGCUCUUCGAGGGCUCCAAGCAGCCAGCAUUGCAUCAGUCAUUCCAAUUGGCAGUGCAGUGAUAAAGGAUAUUUCUCGGGAUCCAGAUCGCGAGACCUUCCUGGUAUUCUACAAGUCAGCCCAAAGCGUUGCUCUGGUCUUGAGUCCACUAUUGAGCGGCACAUUCUCUCACUUGAUAAAAUGCCGCGCGAUAUUCAUCUUUCUACUGAGCAUAGCAGUGGCCAUGUUCGCUGUUACCGCGCUAUUCCUUCCCGAGACUCUUCGCAGCAUUGCAGGGAACGGAUCGGCCAAAGUUGGUGCAGUCCAUAAGCCCAUCGUACGAAGGCCCGCACAUGCUCGGAAGUCGUCUAAUGCAUCGCUGCCUGUUAUACCAGAAAAUCCAUCGACCCUAACCGUGCGGACCUUUAUGGAGCCUUUCAUACUGUUGCGGGAGAAAGAUGUCGCCAUCAACGUCUUGUCCGGCGCGAUCAUCUUCAUGAUGUGGAUGAUGGUAACCGUCAGUACUACCGGAUUAUUCAAGACUAUUUUCAACCUGAACGACUUGCAAGUUGGCCUCGCAUACAUUCCGAAUGCUCUUGGAGUGGUGACCGGCUCAACCCUGAUGGAGAAGGUUCUCAAACGCGACAUUCUUUUCGCGUUCUCAAAGUUCAAAGCCGAGAACAUGCUCCCUCCUAAAGCCAAGCUCUGCAUGAAGGAACUACCCGCGGAGUUUCCACUCGAACAUACCAGGCUGAGACGACUACCUUGGAUCGCCGUCUGCUUCACCUUCACACUGUGCGCCUACGGGUUCUCACUUGCUUAUCGCAGAGCAACCGUCCUGAAGGGCUGGAUCGCCAUCCCACUCUUCAUGCAGUUUGUUAUCGCAGCCACUGCUCACGCAAGGUGUACCGUCCACCAAACGCUCGUCACCGAUCUUUGGCACCAAAACGAACAUGCAGGUAUCGUGGCAAAUAACCUCGUCAGGUUACUGCUGAGCGCUGCAGGCGUGGUUCUGGUUCAGACCCUCCUGGAUGCGCUUCGUGCUUGGUCGACGUUCCUUUCACUGGGACUCGCAGUGAUGGCCGUGGUGCCGCUACCCUUGAUCCAGUGGUACUGGGGAAGAGAGUGGAGGGCGGAACGGGAGGUGAAGAGGGAGAUAAUUGAGAGAUUUACAAAGGUAUGAAGGUGCUCUGCGAGGCAGGUCCUUUCAUUAAAAAAGUGCUUUUACGAUACCCGUGAAUAAUUAGUUGCGCGUAGUGUGGUGGUUGUUACCAUGUUGUGGCAGAGGGGACGGUACGGUUUUCCUUUGUAAAGUAACAACGCCACGUCCGCUGGAGGCUGAAGAUACCAAGUCCGAUUAAUUGCAUAACGACCUUCCUAUUGCCUAGUAUUCCAAUGUGGUUGAAAUGGCUAAAUGUGUG